AGAGCUGCAGGAGCAGCAGAGGCAGACGAGAGAGCUCAAACUCCGGUCCACUUCCACACAUAAACAUACACACACACGCAUAGAGCGAGCGAGAGAGCGAGCGAGAGACAAGAGAGGAGACCACCAUGGACUGGAUCGGGACGCGAGAGGAGCGCGGAUGAGGACAGGACAGGACAGGAUAGGACAGCCUGCGUUGCGCGCCUUUGUGGAUUCCUGCCAGGCUCUCAGCGUGGAUUUAACCUAUUGGGAGAUUUAACCCCCGCGAUGGAAUAUUUGCACUCUUGUCAUUUUCCAAUCUUCCUCCACCUCCUCCUGCUCCUCCUCCUCUUCCUCCAGCAGCAGCAGCAGCGAGGAUGCCAAGCAGCGAUGCGUCUUUUGCGCACUUCCACUGACAGCGCCCGUGCUUUGCGAGCUCUUUUAAAGCUUUGAGGAAAGAAAAAAAUAAAUACCCCCCACCACCUGAAAAAAAAUUAAAAAAAUAAGAGGAAAGAAAAGCAGAGGAGAGGAGAGUGAAGAUUGAACGCGGUGCUGCUUUCAUGCUCGUCGCCUAGGGCCCGGAUGUACCGAGGGAUGCGCCGGUGCGUUUUGCCGACCGGUUCCGCCGACAGAUCCCUCUUUUUUCUCGCCUUCACCUCCAUCAUGGGGAUUAGGUAAUAUUCACUCCAUCCGAAGACACCCCUCCCCUGCCGAGCGACGGGAAUAUCCACAAGCUGUCAGACUCACCCCCCCCCUUUUAUUUUUUAUUUUUAUUUUUUAUUUUUUUGGAGGGGGGCUAUUCCCCCCCCCCCCCCUCUUUUCAAUCCAUUCACGCAUAGGGAGAACCCUGGACUACAUUUAUGGUAAAUGAAAGCAAAAACAUGUACAUCCCGGAGGACACCCUUGAGAAUCAUCAAGGCUCCGAUUACUCGCCCCCUCCCACCCUCCCUCGCCCCGCUGCCCCCGGCUUGACCAACGAGCACCCGGGCGGUGGUGACCGCGAUGGAGGCGGGGGCGGGGUCAACCACGGCGUGGCGGGAGUGGUGGGCCUGGCCCCGGAGCACAUCGCCACGCCGGGCGCCGCCCUGAGCUGGCAAGCCGCCAUCGACGCCGCCCGCCAGGCCAAGAUGAUGGGCAACGCGGCCUCGGGCGGCACGGCGGGGCUGGCGGUGGGAGGGGGCGGGCCCAUCUCCACAGCCAGCUCCACGCAGCGCAAGCGGCAACACUACAGCGCCAAGCCCAAGAAGCCCACCACCACCACGGCCACACGGCCCCCGAGAGCGCUGCUCUGCCUCACGCUCAAGAACCCCAUUCGCCGGGCCUGCAUCAGCAUCGUCGAGUGGAAACCCUUCGAGAUCAUCAUCCUGAUGACCAUUUUCGCUAACUGUGUGGCCUUAGCCGUCUACAUCCCCUUCCCAGAGGACGACUCCAACGCCACUAACUCCAAUCUGGAACGCGUGGAGUAUUUAUUCCUCAUCAUCUUCACCGUGGAGGCGUUCCUAAAGGUGAUAGCCUACGGCCUGCUCUUCCACCCUAAUGCCUAUCUGAGGAACGGCUGGAAUCUGCUCGACUUCAUCAUCGUAGUGGUCGGGUUGUUCAGCGCCAUCUUGGAGCAGGCCACCAAGGGUGACGGGGCCGCUCCGAUCGGAGGCAAGGCGGCGGGUUUCGACGUCAAGGCUCUGAGGGCAUUCCGAGUACUCCGACCCCUCCGAUUGGUCUCCGGAGUACCCAGUUUACAGGUAGUUUUGAAUUCCAUCAUCAAAGCCAUGGUCCCCCUGCUCCACAUCGCCCUCCUGGUCCUCUUCGUAAUCAUCAUCUACGCCAUCAUCGGCUUGGAGCUCUUCAUGGGCAAGAUGCACAAGACCUGCUAUCACGACCACACAGGCACCAUAGCGGAGGAAAAACCGGCGCCGUGCGCGCCCAAGUUGGCGUACGGGCGACACUGUGACCACAACGGGACCGAUUGCAAGAUGGGCUGGGAAGGCCCUAACGACGGCAUCACCAACUUUGACAACUUCGCCUUCGCCAUGUUGACCGUGUUCCAAUGCAUCACCAUGGAGGGCUGGACCGACGUGCUGUACUGGAUGCAGGAUGCUAUGGGCUAUGAGCUGCCGUGGGUCUAUUUUGUCUCUCUCGUCAUCUUCGGCUCCUUUUUCGUCCUCAAUCUCGUUCUGGGGGUGUUGAGUGGAGAGUUUUCCAAGGAAAGGGAGAAGGCCAAGGCACGAGGCGACUUCCAGAAACUCCGAGAAAAACAGCAGCUGGAGGAGGAUCUCAAGGGCUACUUAGACUGGAUCACUCAGGCUGAAGAUAUCGACCCAGAGAAUGAAGAGGAGGGUCUGGAUGACGAUAAACCCAGAAACUUGAGCAUGCCGGCCAGUGAGAAUGAAUCGGUCAACACCGACAACGCACCCGGAGGCGAUGUAGAAGGAGAGACCUGCUGUACCCGGCUAGCAAAUAGGAUCUCCAAAUCCAAGUUCAGUCGCUACUCACGCAGGUGGAACAGGCUGUGCAGGCGCAAGUGUCGGGCGGCUGUCAAAUCGCAGGUUUUCUAUUGGCUGGUUAUCUUUCUGGUUUUCCUCAACACUCUCACCAUUGCCUCGGAACAUCACCAGCAGCCGCAGUGGUUAACAGACGUGCAAGACAUAGCUAACAAAGUUUUACUCGCACUCUUCACCGGUGAGAUGCUCUUGAAGAUGUACAGCCUGGGCCUUCAGGCAUACUUCGUCUCGCUCUUCAACCGCUUUGACAGUUUUGUCGUUUGCGGCGGGAUUCUGGAGACCAUCCUGGUGGAAACUAAGAUCAUGUCGCCUCUCGGCAUCUCCGUGCUGCGUUGCGUGCGCUUGUUGCGGAUCUUCAAAAUAACCAGAUACUGGAACUCGCUCUCCAACUUGGUGGCCUCCUUGCUGAACUCAGUGCGCUCCAUCGCUUCCCUGCUGCUCCUGCUCUUCCUCUUCAUCAUCAUCUUCUCCCUGCUGGGCAUGCAGCUCUUUGGCGGCAAGUUCAACUUUGAGGACACCCGGCGAAGCACCUUUGACAACUUCCCCCAGUCGCUGUUGACCGUCUUCCAGAUCUUAACUGGUGAAGACUGGAACUCGGUGAUGUACGACGGGAUCAUGGCGUACGGUGGACCUUCCUUCCCCGGCAUGCUGGUCUGCAUCUACUUCAUCAUCCUCUUCAUCUGCGGAAACUAUAUCCUACUCAACGUCUUUUUGGCCAUCGCUGUGGACAACCUAGCUGACGCCGAGAGCCUGACGUCUGCACAAAAGGAGGAAGAGGAGGAGAAGGAGAGGAAGAAACUAGCCAGACUGGGCACUCCAGACAAGAGGCACAACAACGAGAAGCCUCCACUGGAGAAAGAGAAGCGAGAGAAGAUUGAGCUGAAGUCCAUCACUUCGGAUGGCGAGAGCAACACUGCCACAAAAAUCAACAUGGACGAUUACUGCGGCGAUGAAAGCGAAGAGAAGAAUCCAUAUCCUGCAAACGAUUACAUCGGUGACGAAGACGACGAGGAACCGGACGUGCCGGUCGGUCCAAGGCCUCGGCCGCUUUCCGACAUCCAGCUUAAAGAGAAAGCCGUUCCCAUGCCCAAGGCUCGAGCCUUCUUCGUCUUCAGCCACACCAACAAAUUCAGGGUUCUAUGCCAUAAGAUCGUCAACCACAACAUCUUCACCAACCUCAUCCUCUUCUUCAUCCUGCUCAGCAGUAUCAGUCUGGCAGCCGAGGAUCCGGUCAAGAACGACUCCUUCCGAAACGAGAUCCUGGGCUAUGCGGAUCACGUCUUCACGGGGCUUUUCACUAUCGAGAUUAUUCUCAAGAUGACAGCUUACGGAGCCUUCCUCCAUAAAGGCUCUUUCUGCAGGAACUAUUUCAACAUUCUGGACCUGGUGGUCGUCAGCGUUUCCCUCAUUUCCUCCGGGAUACAGUCCAGCGCCAUCAACGUGGUGAAGAUCCUGCGAGUUCUCCGAGUGCUCCGACCUUUGCGGGCCAUCAACAGAGCCAAGGGCCUGAAGCAUGUGGUGCAGUGCGUCUUUGUGGCCAUCAGGACCAUCGGCAACAUCGUCAUCGUCACCACGUUGCUCCAGUUUAUGUUCGCCUGCAUCGGGGUGCAGCUUUUCAAGGGCAAGUUCUUCUUCUGCACGGACAGCUCAAAACAGACAAAGGCGGACUGCAGAGGCUCGUAUAUAAAGUAUAAGGACGGCGAUGUGGCUAAGCCAGAGCGAGCCCUGAGACUGUGGGAGAACAGCGAAUUUAACUUUGACGAUGUGCUGCAAGGCAUGAUGGCUCUGUUCGCGGUGUCCACCUUUGAGGGCUGGCCGGGGCUCUUGUACCGGGCCAUUGACUCUCACACCGAAGACGUGGGUCCCAUCUACAACUACCGUGUGGUCAUCUCCAUCUUCUUCAUCAUCUAUAUUAUCAUCAUCGCCUUCUUCAUGAUGAACAUCUUCGUCGGUUUCGUCAUCGUCACCUUCCAGGAGCAAGGCGAGCAGGAGUAUAAGAACUGUGAGCUUGAUAAAAAUCAGCGUCAGUGUGUUGAAUAUGCCCUGAAGGCCCGCCCCCUUCGCCGCUACAUCCCCAAGAACCCGUACCAGUACAAGGUGUGGUACGUGGUCAACUCCUCCUACUUUGAGUACCUGAUGUUCACGCUCAUCCUUCUCAACACAAUCUGCCUGGCCAUGCAGCAUCACGGCCAGACGAAGAACUUCAACGAUGCCAUGAACAUCCUCAAUAUGCUCUUCACUGGGCUCUUCACUGUGGAAAUGAUCCUCAAAUUGAUCGCCUUCAAGCCCAGGGGGUACUUUAGUGAUCCCUGGAAUGUGUUUGAUUUCCUCAUCGUAAUUGGCAGCAUAAUAGACGUCAUUCUCAGUGAAAUCAACCAUUAUUUUGUUGAUGCAUGGAACGCAUUUGACGCCUUGAUAGUUGUGGGUAGCAUUGUUGACAUAACCAUCACUGAGGUUAACCCAGCUGACUCCUCCUCGUCCUCUUCGUCUUCCUCCUCUUCCUCCUCUCACCCCCCUGUGGUAAGACCAACGGGCCUGCAAAACUCGGAAGAGAACGCUCGGAUCUCCAUCACCUUCUUCCGGCUCUUCCGUGUGAUGCGUCUGGUGAAACUGCUCUCCCGUGGGGAAGGGAUACGGACCUUGCUGUGGACAUUCAUCAAGUCCUUCCAGGCUCUACCUUACGUCGCCCUGCUGAUCGUAAUGCUGUUUUUCAUUUACGCCGUCAUCGGCAUGCAGAUGUUUGGCAAGAUAGCGCUGCAGGACCACACGCAGAUCAACAGGAACAACAAUUUCCAGACGUUCCCCCAAGCAGUGCUGCUGCUCUUCAGAUGUGCGACAGGCGAAGCGUGGCAAGAGAUCAUGCUGGCGUGCUCGCCCUACCGCCCAUGCGAGAAAGGAUCCUCCAAUGAGAACAUCACCAUCCAGGAGGACUGCGGGAGCCAGUUUGCUAUCAUCUACUUUGUCAGCUUCUACAUGCUCUGUGCCUUUCUGAUCAUUAAUCUCUUCGUGGCUGUCAUCAUGGAUAACUUUGACUACCUGACGCGGGAUUGGUCCAUCCUGGGGCCGCAUCAUCUCGAUGAAUUCAAGAGGAUCUGGGCCGAGUACGACCCGGAAGCUAAGGGGAGGAUCAAGCACCUGGAUGUGGUGACUCUCCUCCGAAGAAUCCAGCCACCGCUCGGCUUCGGGAAGCUCUGUCCUCACCGGGUCGCUUGCAAGCGUCUGGUAUCCAUGAACAUGCCUCUAAACAGCGACGGAACCGUCAUGUUCAACGCGACGCUGUUUGCACUCGUCAGAACCGCACUGAGGAUCAAGACAGAAGGGAAUCUGGAGCAAGCCAAUGAGGAACUGAGGGCCAUCGUAAAGAAGAUCUGGAAGCGAACCAGCAUGAAACUUCUGGAUCAAGUGGUGCCCCCUGCUGGCGACGACGAGGUGACCGUCGGAAAGUUCUACGCCACCUUCCUCAUUCAGGAAUACUUCCGCAAGUUCAAGAAGAGGAAAGAACAAGGUCUGGUGGCCAAAGUGCCGCCCAAAACUGCCCUCUCUCUGCAGGCGGGCCUGCGGACGUUGCAUGACAUCGGUCCGGAGAUCAGGAGGGCCAUCUCUGGAGACCUCACGGUGGAGGAGGAGGUAGACAAAGGCCCCAAGGAGCCCGUGUCAGCCGCAUCCGAGGACGAUAUCUUCAGGCGGUCAGGCGGCUUGUUCGGCAACCACGUCAACUACUACAACCAGAGCGACGGGCGUGCCUCCUUCCCGCAGUCGUUCACCACCCAACGUCCCUUGCACAUCAGCCAGAAGGGCUCGCCCUGCGACGUCGAGAGCCCGUCCCACGAGAAGCUCAUGGACUCCACCACCUUCACGCCGUCCUCGUACUCGUCGUCGGGCUCCAACGCCAACAUCAACAACGCCAACAACACCGGCAUGGUGGGCGUGGCCCCGCAAGGCGUGGCCCGCUUCCCCGGCCCGUCCAUCAGCACGGUGGACGGCCACACGGGACAACCGCUCACGCCCAUCCUGCUGCCCAGAUCGGCUUGGUGCUUCCCUCCCAAGAGCUCCGAUUCGAGCGACAGCCGCCUGCCAAUCAUCCGCAGGGGCGAAGGCUCCACGGAGGAAACGUACGACGAGAGCUAUGUCGACGAGAGGGAAUUCCACGAGGACGACCACUCGCUCUCCUCCGACAUGCUGAUAUACCGCGAUGACACCUGCAAGCAGCUGACUCCCAUGGAGGAAGGAGAAGACGUGGAGGAGAGAAGAGGAGGUGGAGGCUGGCAAUCUCCCAGAAGAGUUUUUCUCUGUCCCACUUCUUUAGGGCGGAGAUCUUCUUUCCAUUUAGAGUGUCUGAGGAGACAGUCGAGGCCGGACGUCUCUCAGAAGACGGCCGUACCGCUGCACCUCGUCCAUCAUCAGGCGCUAGCGGUGGCCGGGCUGAGUCCAUUGAUAAGGAGGAGCCACUCGCCUACCCUCUUUAGCCGGUUGUGCUCCACACCUCCGGCCAGUCCCCCAGGACAAGGCAGAGACGCCUCGCAUCAGUGGGUACCCUCGCUAAGGUUAGAGGGCUCCAACUCCCACGAAAAGCUCAACACCAGCUUGCCCUCGGUCAACUGCGGGCCCUGGUAUAGCGACAGUAAUGGGAACAGUCGGGUACCUAGCCCCGCCUCCGGUAUGCCGGCGACCAAUCAGAGAGCACCGCGGCCGGUGUCGCUCACGGUGCCCUUGUUAUCGAGGCACGAAUCUAGCUCGCUGUCGCACGGCAGCGCCGGAAGUCUGGUGGAGGCGGUGCUAAUAUCAGAAGGCUUGGGCCAGUUCGCGCAGGACCCUUCCUUCAUCGAGGCCACAAAGGCCGAGCUGGCCGACGCCUGCGACAUGACCAUCGAGGAGAUGGAGCACGCGGCCAGCAACAUCCUCAACGCCAACACCUCCGUCGCCGCCACUGCCUCGGACGCCGCGCCUGCCGCCUCCCAGCACAGCCCCAACGGCAACCUCCUGCCCUUCCUCAGGGACAGGGACCACGGAGGGGAGGACGGCGAAGAGGCGGGCGGGAACCGAGGCUCCGUCCACGGGCCGUCCUCUGUAGAAGAGCGACAAGAGCUCCUGGCGGAAGAGCGGGAACAGGAAGAGGAGGAGGAGGACGUCGGGGGGAGGGAGGAAGGACCCCACCGAAGCUCCUCGGUGAUGUCGAGGACCAGCGUGCUGCUGGAGGAUGAGGACAUGGAGUGUGUGACAAGUUUGUAGGGGCUCCACCGGACGUCUCACGAUUGGUGGCUAUGUUAGUCCCCGCCCCCUUCACACACACACGCCUCUAUUGCGCCAGAGGAAGCGGCUCCGAACAAUGUCGGCCAAGACGCGUCACAAAUGCUUUGUACGUCUGAAUGUUUGUAGUAAAGUAUAUCACACUAUACUCUAUAUUAUCAGAGUGUGCGCUUGCGUGCGCGUGUUUUUCCCCCCUCUUUGUACGCACAUGCGUGUGAGAGUGCGUGUCUCUAAAGUGCCUCACAGUUUUCUCACGUCCUCAAAGUGACGAGCAAAGACGGCCAGGGGAAGGCAAAAAUCCGUCAACGGACCUCCUCCUCCUCCUCGGUUCACUCGGGAUGAAGCGCUGUAUUGUCAAAAAUAAUAAUCAUCAUUUCAAAAGCGUCCUCCUCUUCCAAAGGAACGCCCCCCGCCCCCCCCCUCACACCGGGGGAUGGACCAACAGUCACCAAAAUGGCCGACAGACUGGCUUCUUUUUUUGUCACUUCCUGCUCCCAAACAGAAAACGUGACGAGCAGAGACGUGAGCAGCUUUUUUUAUUUUUGUUUCACCUCAUACCUCACCAUCCUUCCCACCUUUCGCCAACCUGCCAUUUUCUUUCGGCGGGGAGUUGGACAGGACUCCGGCCUCAACUCUGCGUUGCCCGCCAUUUUGUUUUCCUCCUCAUGCUGUCUAAUUUAUCCUUGAUUUGUUUGCACAAUCGGGGUGCUGGUCUUUCUAAAUGUACUUUUAGGAGAAUUUUAAGCGGUUUUAAGUAACGAAGCAGGGCGUAGGCCUUUUUAUUUUGGAGGGUGCGUGUCUGCGUUCGUACGAUCGCGUGUGUACGUGCGUGUAAAGACAAGUGUUCUUUCUCUCAAUCAGUAUGCACCUUUUACAGAUUGUAUCUAUUUAUUUAUUUAUUUUUUUCCCAAAAGAAAAAAAAAGAUGUGAGUGUGUGCGCGUUCUUUGAGUGGCUACAUAUGUACGCUUCAAUGAAAAAGAUUUUUAAGCCUAAACAGUAAUUUAAGGUAGCAUUACAAGGGUGUGUGUGUGCGCGUGUGUGUAUGUGUGUGUGUGAGACAGGGUUACCACAGACAGGCAUGCUUCCAAAGUGUUUCAAGGUUCGGACUUUUCACAUUUUAAUCGUCACGGGUUUUGGGGGUUUUCUGUUCUGAGAUAGAUUUUUUUUUUUUUUUUAUAUUUAUGUGCUGAAAAAAAAAAAGUCAUGAAUGCAGUGAAAGGGCCGUAACACACUGUUAUCAUUGUUUUUCUUUUCAAAUGAACUCUUAGGGCUGAGUUUAAAGAUGCUGCAAGAAUUUUAAAAUCCAUCUUCGAGGAAAAACAUGUUUCCCUUUGUUUUAUUUGAAGGUGGUUUUUAUGUGGGCCGUGCGGAUUUUGUCCAUCACAAGUCCGAGUUUGUAGCAAGAAGGCACUGACAGAUUUGGAAAUGUGGGGAAAUAUUUUCAAUUGCUAAUUAUAGUUUCAACAAAAGUUGUAGCUAGUCCUCUGACGUAGUAGAGGACAACUGUCCCAAAUGUCACGCUAUGGGUGUUCCUUUAUUUAAUUGUUUUUUUGUAAAUACUUUCUUGAUGGAAAAAUAAGUCAAUUUUUGGUCAGAAAUUAGACCAACAUGCUAUUUGGUUCAAUUUAACACAACUUUGAGCUGGGUUUUAUUUUAUUGUUAAAACAACCCAAAUUUUGGUCAAAUCAAAAGGUUGGCUGAAAUACUGUAUCCAAAAAAUGGUUCAGUCCGAUGUUUGACCAAAAUGUGGUUAUUUCUAAUUUAGAGUGUAUUUUUCAUUUUCUAUUUCAUCCAAUUUGGGUUACUUUUAACCAGGCAGUUUUAAGACUAAAAGAUAAUCCAAGUGUGGGUCGUAAAGUAAAAAGAAAAAUAUAAUAAUAAUGAUAAUAAUAAUAAUUAAAAUAUAUAUAUAUAUAUUUUUUAAUUUGAUUAUUUAACCCCAAAAGUAGGGUCAAGUGAAUAAUCUACAAAACAAACCCCAAAAUUAUUUUUUGUAAAAUUUUCAUUUCCAAAUUUGCAUGGGGAAAAAAGUGUAGAGUGACUUUUGGGACAGCUUGUUUUAUAAAUUUGAUAUGAGGGCAAUGAUGCACUGUGGCCCUUAUCCAUGUGCGUGUGCUGUGACUCCCUGUUGCCUCUGGAGGAGAAAACCACUCAAACCUGGAGACAAAGAUCGUAUUUGCCACAUUUCUCCCGAGACAACACUGCCAUGUGUCCCUCUCAUAGCAGCUCUUGGCAGAGAAUGGAUGCAGUAUUCACCACCACUCUUGUGAGAAUUAUGCAAACUUAAUGUGAAUGUGAUGUCACGUGGCUGGAAAGCCGUCGGCUAUUUUGGAUUCCGUUGCUUACUUGCGCUUAUUUGCAGUUUUGUUUGAAUGCACGAUUGGAUAUUUAAAAGAUUUGUUAUCUUGAGCGAUUUGACUAAAGGCCCCAUUGAGAAUUCCUCAGAUGUGACCCUGAGUAACCCUGUCUGGUAACAGCAAGAUAUGCAAUAACUUUGUCUGUACGCGUCCCCCCCCCCCCCACCCCCCUGGCAUGUUUUGUAACCCCCUCCCAUGCCAGAGAAACCUAACAUACUUGAAAUCAGGUGAGAUGCAGUGUAGUAUUCUUGACGUGUUUAUUGACCUGAAAUUAGUUUUUUGCUCUUUUGUUGUUGUUGUUCUUGCAGUCUGGGAGCCUGAUGAACGGUUGAUUAAUUUCUCUGGUCGAUGCGAGUGAUUGACAGGUGUCGCCAUGACAACAUCAGAGCAGGUGAUGAACGAUUUUGAAAAAUCCUAUAACGAUUAAGCGAUUAUUUUUUUCAAUCCCAUGUUUUAUUUUACAAGCAGUUAAUUAAUCCGGAUUACAGUAAACCGUAUUAGAUUUGUUAUACAAAUGUAAAUUAACGUCAUUGUCAUUGCAAUGCCGAUUUUAAUUCGAUUAAUCGUUCAAGCCGACUGCUUGUACAUGCAGUAAAUGAAAUUAAAGGAAAGGAUAAUUUUUGCAUAUCUUGAAGAGGACAGCAGGGUUUUUUUGUUUUAUUCUCCGAAGAAAGGCUGCCCCCAAUUCAAUGUCGAGCUCAUUUAAAGCCCCCUCUGACCCCGGCAUAUAUUAAAAAGUGAUCCUUCGAGAUUAUUCAUAAAGAAAAGUGACUCAUUUAUUAAUUUUGAUAUUUCCCAGAGGCAUCUUUGAGAUUAAGAAAGCUCAUAGGCGGGGGAAAAAAGAUGUUUUAAGGUUUAGAAGAUGACAAGACAAAUGUAACCAAUCAAUUUCAGUCUUCAGUGGUGCCUUGAGAUAAGAGUGGCUUGAUAGCAAAUGAAGUUUGUAUCUCAAGGUAUACCAAUGAUAUAGAGGAGUUUAAAAUUCAUAUUGCCUCACCAUAGGCGGACGAUUGUAUAUUUUUCUACAAAUAUAUAAUCAAGAGAAUGUUAUGGAAGUAGAGGUCAAGAAUGUAUUUAUGGCCUACUGACUGUAGUGUCAGCAUGAAUUUAUCGGACCAUCCCACUUGAGAUAUAUUACGGAAAUUUUUCUCACUGAAAUAUAUUCGUUUCAUUUCAAAGAGAAAAGCCCAAAAAGCCUUUUUUUUUUUUUUUUGCAUGGCCUCCAAUCAAUUUCAACCCAGAAUGAAGAGCAGGUGUACAGAUAUUUUAUGGGAAAGUAUAUUCUAGAAUGCUAGUUUACAUAGCGACUUUAUUCUAUUUUAGAUAUCAAAUGGAGAAAUACUUUAUGCGUGGAUGACAAGAGAUGACGGAGAUGGACAGUGCAAUUGAUAGUUCGCAGGCUUUGAGUUGUUAUACCCUGAUAAGUUUCCUUUCUCACAGCGAGUCUUGAAAGUGCAUGUGCAAAAACUGAAGUGACCAAAGCAAAAGGAUUGAUAUUCAAAAGUCAACCCAGGUGAAUAGUAACAGUGGUUACGAAGUUGAAGCAACUGCUUUAUUCGUCUUAUUUAUUUGCUGUUAAUGAAAACGAAAUACCUGGCGUGGGAAAUUUGAUUCAAGACACAUGCGAGUCAACUUUUUAGCUCACAAAGAUUCACGCGAGCAUGUCUGUAUACGGGUGUGUGCUUGUGUGUGCAGCUUUAAUGAGCCUUUUAUUUUGCUGACAGAAAUGAGUCGAAAAACUCUCUCGCAGGGUUGGUUGUUUUUGUCUUCUUCACAGCUGGGAAUUAUGCCGAGAGGCGUUCAAAGACCAAUUGUAGUGUUUGGAUGACAUCACUAUAUUUUACUGUCAAAAUGAGUGUUUAGCGGGUGGCAGUGUAGGGAUGACAAGCCACACCCCUUCGGUUGCGUGAGGGCUUUUUAUUGGCCCCAUCACUUGGUCGCCUUGGUUACGGCUGCAUGGUCUAACACUCUUUCUUCUUUUUCUAAGUUGUUUCUUUUAUUUCAUUUUAGACUCUAGAAAAGGGAAAUAAUAUACAAAUUAAAUCAGAAUAUUAAUUCAAUCACUUUUCUACUCCUAUUUUCCAAAAAAAAGUGACACUGAAAAAAAAAACAAGAAAAAAAAGUGGAUUUGUAAAUAAGUCGUGUACAGUUUGUAUCUGUAAGUCGUCAGUCUGUCAUUGGUGACAGAGUCUGUCUUGCUUAUAACGCACGCUACCAGUAAAUAAAAAAUAUAAAAAGGAAAAAGUAUAUUUAGACUGUAUGGUCCCUUGAAAGCAAGUUUUAAAUUAAUAUCUGAUGUAUAUUCCUGUAACAUUGCAUUUUUAUCUGAGGAAUGAUGUUAUUAAAAAAUUGCAAAUAAAUUGCAUUUCCUACAA